GGUCCCUCCUUAUAUUUUUCGCCAACUCACGCCGGCCCUGCUUCUUUCCUUUCCCUCUUGUUUCCCCAAUCGUAUCUCAUACUAUUCCAUCCCUCAAAAUGUCUACCGAGCAGACCUUCAUUGCCAUCAAGCCCGACGGUGUCCAGCGUGGACUCGUCGGCCCCAUCAUCUCUCGCUUCGAGAACCGUGGCUUCAAGCUUGUUGCCCUCAAGCUCUGCCAGCCCGGCAAGGAGCACCUUGAGAAGCACUACGCCGACCUCAAGGAGAAGCCCUUCUUCCCCGGUCUCGUCUCCUACAUGCUGAGCGGCCCCAUCUGCGCCAUGGUCUGGGAGGGCCGUGACGCCGUCAAGACCGGCCGUACCAUCCUCGGUGCCACCAACCCCCUUGCCUCCGCCCCCGGCACCAUCCGUGGUGACUACGCCAUCGAUGUCGGCCGCAACGUCUGCCACGGCUCCGACUCCGUCGAGAACGCCCAGAAGGAGAUUGCCCUCUGGUUCUCCCCCAGCGAGCUCCAGAAGUGGACCUCCGCCCAGUUCAACUGGAUCUACGAGAAGGCCUAAAUUUCUCGGCCCGGUCUUGCGCCUGAGCGUCUGCAGCCCGGCCCGUGUUGGGAUGUAGAGCGUACCUAGGUACAUAUACAGAAAAGACGUCAUGAGAAAUAGAAACAUGAAAAAACCAUUCACCCACU